AUGACCAAGCGCACAAAGAAGGUCGGUGUGACCGGUAAAUACGGUACCCGUUACGGUGCUUCCCUGCGUAAGCAGGUGAAGAAGAUGGAAAUCACCCAGCACGCCAAGUACACCUGCACUUUCUGCGGCAAGACCACCGUCCGUCGUCACUCUACCGGUAUCUGGAACUGCAAGGGCUGCAAGCGCACCAUCGCUGGCGGUGCCUACGUUGUUGCCACCCCCGCCGCCGCUGCCAUGCGCUCAACUCUGCGACGAUUGAGGGAGAUUGCUGAAGUAUAA